UACAGAACAAACAAGUAUUUUCUAAGAAAUCAACAAAAACCCGGUUUUCACUUUCGAAAAUCCCGGCCCGGCCCGGAUUUCGCUACCCAUUUUAGUCACUCUCAUGAAAAAAUUAGAUUAGAGAGUGAUUUUUAUAGAACUUGACUAUGGCCACCUCUUGGCCAGAAAAUAAUCCCGAGACCUUGGAAGAUCUGUGCUUGAAAGUUGCGGCAAAAAAUAUUGAUGCAUAUGCCGAUAAAUCAAUUGAUGGCUACACACUUAAGGAAGGCAUCUCCUUGCAGCAUCCAAGUUUAUGUGAUAAACUAUUCCAAUCGAUGUAUGAAGAGUACCCAACAGAUUUAGCGUGGCUGAAAAUUUUCAGAGACACAUCUUUGACAAGAUUAAACAGAGUUAAUUUAUCUUGGCGGCGCAUUGAUACUAGAGAUUUAGAAUUUAUAUGCAAACACCCCAUUCGAGAACUUGAUUUGUCUAACUGUCACCUCAAAUGGGAACAUGUACUAAUUAUCAAUAAACUCGGUGGAACACUUUUAUCUCUCAUAAUUGAUGAUUCAUUCGGACUUGUCCAAAGUUUAAGUGAGACCAAAGAUUCUACACACGUAGAUGAAGGAAAAUUCUGUAUAGAGUAUGUCUUUAAGUGCCCAAAACUAAAGAAACUACUGCUAAGGGAUGCUUAUUUCAAGAAUACUUCGAUUGAGGAUGGAACAAGUAUAUUACCAGCCAUAUUGAACCCAUUGAAAAAUUUGAACUCUUUAGAUCUGUCAUGUUGUGUUUUUGACAUUGAACUUUUGGACUCUAUAGAUCAACUGGAGAACUUAUGUUCCCUUUACUUAAGUGGAGUGAAUAUUGAGGAUAUGCUAGAGGCAUUAAAAACUAUUUGCAAAGCCAAAAAAUUGAGACACCUGGAUUUAUCUGGAUCUGAGGAUGCCCCUCAAACCCACAAUCAUCCUGGAGACUGUUUGUCGUACAUAGCUGAUAACCUUCCUAACUUGACCUCUCUGGAUAUUUCAGCUACAAAUCUAGCUAGCUAUGGGACGCAAGCAAGUAACAGAGAGUGUAGUAUUCCUGGCCUGGAGGGAAAAGAAUUAGAAUUUCUUGGACUGAUGGACUGUCCUGAUAAUCCAUGUGAACGUCCAGACAUACCAGCGAAACGGGUGACGGGCACUAACACAGAGGCUCAGGUCCUACUGGCUGUGAGAGUCUACAAAGACAAAGAGAGUCUCUUAUCAUCAGCCCUCAAUCAUCUCUUUCAAAUGCUGCGCUAUGAAGAAGUUCGGGAUCAGUGCCAGGGUCUAGAGCUGAUCUUGGCUGGGAUGAAGCAUAAUUGGAAAAAUAAGCAGGUCCAGAUUUCUGGCAGUGCUGCAUUGUUCUACAUUUUAAAAGGAGAGAAUAGAGAGAAGGUCACUCAUCUACAAAGGAGGAAAGUAAUUUUAACCCUACUGGAUGCCAUGGAACAGUUUAGACAUGAUCGCACAAUGUUGAGGAAUGUCCUGUUGAAUUUCUGUAGCAUGCAUCUUCCAGAUAAUUUGACCUUUUGUCACCACCGUAUGAUUCGGAAUUUGAUGGAGGUAGUGGUUUCUGAUAACCAGGAAGAUUUUAUCCAGAAGCUGGGGAUCAUCCUGCUGAACUGUUUAGCCUGCCAGGUGGAUGGGGAAGAGAAACUCACAUUUGGGGAACUAGGAGCUAUUGAGGCAAUGCUGAAAAUCAUCAGAAGGAAGUUGGCUCUGAAUCAAUGUGAUGAGAACAUGGAAGUUUCCUGGAGCAUGAUGUGGAACAUCACAGAUGAAACUGCUGAAAAUUGUAAGAGAUUCAUCGACAACAAUGGACUAGAGUUGUUUAAAAGUUGUCUUGUGCGUUUUGCGGAUAAAGAAGAGCUGUUGAGAAACAUGAUGGGUCUGAUGGGAAAUAUCGCAGAGGUUAGAGAACUCAGGAAGAAACUUAUGGAAGGAGACUUUAUGGAUAUUUUCUGUAAGUUAAUGGAAUCUGAAAUGGAUGGAAUAGAAGUCAGUUACAAUGCUGUAGGGAUCUUUUCCCACAUCACAGCAGAUGGGGAAAAUGCAUGGACUAUUUCUCAGCCGACCCGGAAUGAAGUGAUGAUGAGAAUGAUGAGGGCCAUUAAGAGGUGGCCUCUGGAGAGUAGGAGGAAUAUCAACUACAGGUCAUUUGGUCCCAUACUAAAUCUCUUGAAGGCGUUUGACACUCCUGCAGCACAGUACUGGGCUGUGUGGGCUCUCUGUAACCUUACCAGGGUUUAUCCUGAGCGAUACUGCAGGUUGCUAAAAAGUGAGGGAGGGCUAGCAUUAUUAGAGACAGUUGAAGCAGAUCCCAGAACUCUGGAGGAAGUGAAAACACUAGCACACACUGUGAUAGAACAAGUUCGAAAUGGUCCAGAGAAAGUGAAAGCAGAAAGUGAAAGUAACCCAGAGGACCAAUCAGACGACUGAUAAAACCUUUCCCUCUUCUUUAUUUUUAAUAACCCUUUUUUUAUCAUCUUUACAUUUGUUAAUCUAAUGGGAAGGGGGGGGGGGGUCAUAUUUGUACGUACUAUAUCUUUAUACUAAAAAAUUGUACUUUUUGAUUGAGAUAUUAGAUAUUAAUUUUGCUCUGCAGUAUUUUUUUGAAUUGUUUCUUGCAAUGCUGUUGCAUUUGUUUGAUACACGCAUCUACCAUUACACAAGUUAAAAUUAAACUUUUAUGGAUUGAUCAAUAAUAAGAAUUUUGAGAUAUUUUUUCCUGCUUCAGUUUUAUUCUUCUUGCUGCUUGUUUUGAAAAUGCUCAAAAAAUACUCAUUUUAUUAUUAAAAGGGGAAUUUUAUUGCUUGAUGAAAUUGGCAUGUCAUUUCUCUUUUUUUUUUUGGAGUGUGUUUAAAGACAGUAUAUAUGAUUGUAUAUGUAUGAAUAUUGAAGCAUUCUUUUCAGAUGAGGAAAACCAUCUCAUGAUGAAGUUAUCUGUAAGUGCAUAGUGCAUGUAUCAUGUACUAACCGUGUUAAAAUAAAUCAAACAAGAUAUU